AUGACGGGUUCUAAAGUGAUGAUUAUUACUGGAGCCACUUCAGGAAUUGGCAAGGGAGCAGCUUUCGAAAUGGCCAAACGAAAAUGGAGAUUAGUCCUUACUGGACGGAAUGCUGAGGCCAUGAAAGAAGUUGUGGACGAAUGCAAACAACAUGGAGCUUCGGAAGUAAGUAGUGCAAUAUGCAUUAGGAUCCUUACUUAUUUCAGGUAACCUAUGUUCUUGGAGAUCUAACAGAGCCCUCCACUGCCAAGAAAAUAGUCGAACAUGCGAUCUCGACCUUCGGCCAGAUAGAUUCGCUCGUAAAUAAUGCUGGAAUGUUGGUUCUAGGAACGUUGGAAGAAGCUCGGGAUGAUUUGGACGACUUUGAUCGGCAAAUUGAUGGAAAUGUUAGGACGGAAGGCUACUGUAUUUUUUAUAACGGAAUAUCGCCAUAAUUACUCAUCCAAAUAAUUAUAGAGUGGUUCGUUUGACCAAAGUCGCUCUUCCACAUCUAAUAAAGUCCAAAGGGACUAUUGUCAAUGUCAGCAGUGUCUGUGGAACCAACGCAAUCCCCGAAAGUUUUUAUUAUUGCAUGUCUAAGGCGGCUUUGGACCAAUUCACAAAAUGUUUGGCCAUGGAGCUGGCGCCAAAAGGAGUUCGGGUCAAUUCAGUCAAGUAAGGCGAUUUUGUCAUUUGAUGUAAAUAAAUAACCGUAUUUUAGUCCAGGAGUUAUCUACAGCGAGAUCCAGCGUCGAUCCGGAAUCACGGAGGACACUUAUCAAGCUGUAAGCAAAACUCGAAUGGCAAUGCUGACAAAAUGUUCGUUUAGUAUCUGAAAAGAAGCGAGUUCACUCAUCCCUUGGGAAGGGUCGGAAACCCUGAAGAAACAGCAAAAGCCAUCGCCUUUUUGGCCACUGAAGACUCAUCAUUCACAACCGGUGAACUUCUCAAAGUUGAUGGAGGAAGAGCUGUAAUGACAGUCUGCUAA